GAGAGGAAAAUAAGUUACAUGGCAGCUAUGAAACUUGAAAUUGAACGCCUUCGCGUGAACCUCUCCGCUGCUGAAAGGGAUAGGGCAUUGUUGUCAAUUGGCGUUGAUCCUGCCAGUAUAGAUCCAAAUCUGCUGCUUGACGAUUCUCGUAUAGGAGGAUUGUGCAGGGUAGCAAACAUCCUUGCUUUGCUUGGACAUGCUUCUCUUGAGGAUAAAAUUACUGCUUCCAGUGGUCUUGAGUUUGCUGAUGAUAGUGCUAUAGAUUUCUGGAAUAUAGCAGGAGUGGGGGAGAUAUGUAUGGGUGGGACAUGUCAAGUUCAUGCUGAAGAUGGGCCUGUAUUGCAUACACUCUCUGUUUCCACUACUGCACAAGCCUCUUUUGUGUGUUCUGAAUGUGAGAGAAAGGUUUGUAAAGUUUGUUGUGCUGGGAAAGGGGCUCUUUUACUUGCUAUGGUUAACUCUAGGGAGGUUGCUAGCUACAACGGCGUGAAUAGCCUGGGAGGAGCAAUCUAUGCAAACUCAGUUGAUUUAUCCUCAAAUCAUUCCAUGAUACUUGAUGGUGUCAUUUGCAAAGCCUGCUGCCAUGAUGUUGUGCUUGAUGCAUUAAUCUUGGACUACAUCAGGGUUUUGGUUGGGCAGAGGAGGAAAGCUCGCGCAGAUACUGCUGCUCAAAAAGCUGUAGACCAUGUGAUCAGAUUUACUUCGAGGAAUAAUUGCCAACUGACUCCAACAGCGUAUAUGGAAUUAUUUAAUGGAGAGGAAUCACUUGCUGAGUUUCCAUUUGCAAGCUUUUUGCACCCGGUUGAAACAGCAGCAGGUUCUGCACCAUUCAUGUCAUUGCUAGCUCCAUUGAAUUCUGGAGCACAAGAUUCAUUUUGGAGAGCUCCCCACAGUGCUGCCUCUGUUGAGUUUGUCAUUGUCCUUGGUGAUUUAUCUGAUGUUUGUGGUGUUGUUCUUCUAGUUAGUCCUUGUGGCUACUCGAUGACAGAUGCUCCUGUUGUUCAAAUUUGGGCAAGCAAUAAAAUCCACAAGGAAGAAAGAUCAUGUAUGGGGAAAUGGGAUAUGAGAUCUCUGAUCACGUCUUCCUCUGAGCUUUGUGGACAGGAAAAGUCUUCUGAAGUGCCUAGACAUGUAAAAUUUUCUUUUCGUAAUCCUGUUCGCUGCCGCAUCAUUUGGAUAACAUUGCGUCUACAAAAAAUUGGCUCGAGUUCUGUAAAUUUUGAGAAAGACUUGAGUCUUUUGUCUUUAGAGGAGAACCCAUUUGCGGAGCCUGUGAGGCGUGCCUCCUUUGGAGGAACAGUUGAAAGUGACCCAUGCCUUCAUGCCAAAAGAAUCUUGGUGGUCGGAAGCCCAAUGAGGAAAGAUGUUGGGGCAUCAAGUCAAGGCUCUGACCAGAUAAAUACAAGAAAUUUGUUGGAUAAACCUCCUCCACUAAAUAGAUUCAAGGUCCCAAUUGAGGUUGAGAGGCUAACUGACAACGACCUUGUUUUAGAACAGUUUCUACCCCCGGUUUCACCUAUGGUGGCAGGUUUUCGUCUUGAUGGUUUUAGUGCAAUAAAACCUCGAGUCACCCAUUCGCCACCUCCACAGCAGGUGAAUCCAUGGGAUGUUUCUUCAUGUGUAUUGGAGGACAGAUUCAUAUCUCCAGCUGUAUUGUAUAUUCAAGUGUCUGCUUUCCAGGAACCGCACAGUAUGGUCACUAUUGCAGAACAUAGGCUGCCAGAAGUGAAGGCCGGGACAGCAAUGUACUUUGAUUUCCCUAGAGAAAUUUCUACACGCCGAAUCUCAUUUCGGCUUCUUGGAGAUAUUGCUGCAUUCACUGACGACCCAUCAGAGCAGGAUGAUUCAGAUGCUAGAGUCCGGACUGUGGCAGCAGGACUGUCUUUGGCUAAUAGAAUCAAGUUGUAUUAUUAUGCAGAUCCCUACGAACUCGGGAAAUGGGCCAGUCUUUCAGCUAUUUGAUUAGAAUAAUCACACCGAUUAAGGUGAUUCAUGCUCGCGGCUGUAAAAACAUUUUGCAAGUUUUGGCCUUGGACGUGUAAUUUCGAGUUUGUAUUAAGAUGUAAUGGUGUUUUCCAGUACUAUGAAAUUCACAAGUAAAAAAGAAGAUAGAACAUCAUUGGUUUCUGCUAUAAUUAACUCGUACAGCUAUUUUUGUAUACAGAACUAAUAAUUACAUUGUCCUCGUAAUGUUACAGCUAUUUGGUCCA